CCUUGUAAAUUGGUAAUUAGGAAGAGAUCGAAAUGGAGAUCAACAACAAGAGUGUGCAACUUUUACUCCUUUGCAGCUUGACAUUAUUCUCGAUCGCAACAUGCCACCCGGUCCAAACCAGUCCAUUUAGUGUGGGAUUCUACCGACGCACUUGCCCACCUGCCGAGGAAAUUAUCAGUAACGCCGUCAACAAGUUCAUCUCCAAGAAUCCUGGCCUCGGCGCUGGCCUUCUAAGACUGCAUUUCCACGACUGCUUUGUUAGGGGUUGCGAUGCUUCAGUAUUGUUGGAUGCAUUGCCCGGAGGUCCGGCAGCUGAAAAGGACCAUCAGGCCAACAACCCAAGCUUAAGAGGUUUUGAAAUCAUCGAUGCCGCAAAAGCCAUUCUCGAAAGAGUGUGCCCAAGGACCGUCUCUUGUGCUGACAUCCUUGCGUUUGCUGCCCGCGAUAGCGUUUAUAGGCUCGGAAAUAUCUGGUACGAGGUUCCUGCCGGGCGUCGAGAUGGCAACACCUCUCUGGCCAGCGAUAUUCGCGGAAACCUCCCUCCCCCGUUCUUCACCGCUACCCAGAACGCGGCGAUCUUCAAAAGCAAGGGUUUCUCCGCCGACGAGAUGGUGACCCUCUCCGGGGCUCACUCCAUCGGGAUCAGUCACUGCACUUCAUUUGCUUCCCGCCUCUACCCAACCGUUGACCCCACCCUAAACGCAGCUUACGCCAAAACGCUAAAGAGUAUUUGCCCUCCUCAGACCGCCAACGGAACCGGUUCGGUCGACCCGACGGUGAAUCAAGACCCGCUGACUCCAAACCGGUUGGACAACUUGUACUACGUUGAUGUGAUCUCCAACAAGGGAUUAUUAACGUCUGAUCAGACAAUGCUAACCACUAAAUCCACGGCUAAGGCGGUGCUGGACAAUGCAAGAUAUGGGUCGAAAUGGGCUAAGAAAUUUGCUGCUGCCAUGGUCAAGAUGGGUAAGAUUGGUGUUCUUACCGGAAAGAAAGGUCAGAUAAGGCUUAACUGCCAUUUUAGAAACUAA